AAACUUCGUCUUAGGAAUACUGAACACAUGUAACAUAACUUAAGCGAUAGGACAUCUUAAUUUCGAAGAUAACCAUGAGAUCUAUUAACUCGCUGAUACAAUGGGUACGUCGAGUUGGUCAUACGAUUAGCGGCUGUCCAAUCGGCGGUGGAAAUUCUGCUGGGUCUACCGCUAAUAGGGUGCUUGUGCAUCUGCUCUACGAAUGUAGCUGUGUGGUGCGGCCUUGGCAAUAUUCUGUUUCCUACGACCAUAUAUGUCCAUCAAACCUUUUUUCAGAAAGUGCAUGGACUCUUUCCAUGUGGACAAUUUCGAUCCCCUUUAUUUGCAAAAUAGUGGGACGUCGGCUCGGGAUGCUGUGGAGCUCAUUGAAGACAAACUUGCAACUGAACGUAUGCUUCGUAGGACCUGUGAAGUCCAGUGUCAUACCUUGCGAAGAGAACUGGAAUCGAGAGAUGAUCAGCUGGAACAAGUGAAGCACAGCUUGAUGUCUCGUGUAGCCGAUGCUGAAACUCAAAUGGACAUGCUCGUUCGUCUGCACGGUGAAGAGAAGGGAAAGGCGGAAAAGGCAGCCAAUAAACUGCGGGCUUCAGUACAGAAACUGCAACGUCGACAUGAUUUUGAGAAGCAGGAACUCCAGAAUGCGCUCAUUGGACUACAAGAAGCCAAUGAAAAACAGGCCGAACAAUGGAAAACUUUAUUACGGCAGAGCGAAGCCGACCGAGACGUGCUGUCUGCAGAGUUACGGAAAAGUGAAGCAAAUGCAAAUAAACUCGCCGAAGAAAACACGCGGUGCAAAAAGGAACUGGAGCAGGCGAAUUCGCUUACUGCACAGCUGCAGAAAUCCAACAAUCAAUUGACCGUUGAUCUGACUAAAGCUAAAUGUGCUUUUCAGAAAGCUAGUUCGAGGGCAGAGACUGCAGCAGCUCAGAUUGGGGAUUUGCGUAAGCAAUUGGAACAAGCAACCUUAUCUAGCUCACAGUCAGAGCAGUCGGCACGUUCUGCAAACGAACGGCGUUUUGCCGCAGAGUCUGCGCUACAUGCCGUUAGGCAACGGGCAGAUACGCAAAGUCUGAAGAUUAGUCAACUGGAACGUGAACUAGCUACAGAGAGGGCUCGAAUGGAGGAGAAGUGUAAUAGCUUCGAUGCAGAAAGUCAAAAACUACGACGUCGUAUUCUGGCAAUUCAGGGUGAGGCUGCCAAAUGGAAGCGAUUCUAUGAAGCUGAACGUGAUGUUCACAAGAAACAAAUUGACCAAGCGACAGAACUUGUCGAGGAGCUGACACACGAACGAGCCCAGUUGGAAGUGGAACUCACGGAGGCGUGCGCAGGCGAAGCGAAAAAAUUGGAGCUCAUUGAACAGCUGCAAAAACAGGCAACGAUGAAUGCUACUGAUGUAUCCUCUCGUCUUCGUGAUGCCCUUUCCACGGGCGAGGAAAGUGUUGCAACCGUACGGGAGUUAAAUCGACGGAUUGCGGAAUACUUACAACCGGAGCUAGAAAAAGCCAAGCGACGCUGUCAGGAGGCACAGGAAGAGUCUCAGGAAUGGCGUCAAAAACAUGGGCUAAUCCAAAGUGAGUUGACCGAAUGUCGGGAAACCGUGAAGCGUCUGGAGUCACGUUUGUCCGAAAAGCAAACCAGCACAGAACAUGAGCUUGAUUCUCUGAAGGAACAAUUGGUCCGUGCGAAAGAAGAAAAGCACUUGCAGUCCGCUUCGCUGAAAAAGGCGGAAGAUCAGGUUCGUCAGUACGAGGUCGAACUGGCUCACUUGAAACAAACACACGAAAAUGUCCGUGCUUCUCUCGAAGACAGCUUGUCAAAUGUUAAAAAUCAGCUGGUGGAAGUGAAAUCCUCACAUGAGGCAAACACGGAGCGACUACACACUGCACAGCGUUUGGUCGUCCGUCUUAAAACAGCCCGCGAUUCAGCGCUUGCCCAGCUCACUCGGAUGGAAGAUGAAUUCAAAUUAGCAGGCAAGCAGUACGAAAGAUCUCAGAUUCAAACGAUGGAUGAAUUAGCCGCGCUCAAGCUGCAGCUGCAAGUGACUCAGCAAAAGUUAUCCGAUACGGAACGCAUGCACAAGCAAGUGACUGAAGAUCAUGACAAACAGCUGCAGAACGUUCGGCAGCAGUAUGAUCGCACAAUCAUGGUUCUUAGACAAAAGCUCGCAGCGAAAUCUCAAACAGUUGCCUCUUUGGAGCUGCAAGUCGCUGCCCAACGUGAGGAGCUGGUCGCAGCACAGAACAAGGUUAAAACCGCUUGUGACAACCAAUUGAUGAGUCAAAGGCGUCUCGAAGAAAGUGAACGAAGGCUUCGCAGUCUUGAGUUGGAUAUUAUCGAAAGGGACGAUGAAAUCCAGCGUUUAUUGGCGCGAGUGUCUGAGGGAAAUUCAAACUUUAUCGAGGAAGAACAACGAGACCCUCAAAACCACAAGUUUUUCUUCCGAAUGUUUGAACAGACUGCUGUUUCAGACAAUAUGGAGCCUACUCAAACACAUGUCAAACCUUCCAUACAGCAUUCGGCAAAGGCAGGUCUUGCUACGAAGGUGGUAGAUGAUAGGCUGCGGGAAUUAGAGCAAGCUGUGAUCGCGGCUGAGAAUGAACGAAACAAUGCAAAUGCUCGAAUGAGGGACUUGGAAUUACAGUUACUUCAGCAUAAACACAUCCAAUCUGAGCUUGAGACAGAACAAAUGCAAGAUCAAAGGAAACUACUUGAAGAACUGAGGGUGCAACUGCAAAAUACCCAGGGUCAACGAGAUCAUGUAGAAGAGUGUUUGCGCGAGACCAAAGACCUGCUCAACGAACAGACUACAGCUAAACGCACACUAGAGGAGAGGUUACAAAACAUGCAUCAGCAAUAUGAGCAGGCUCAAAUCGAGUUGAAAUCUGAGCUUUCCGCUUCUCAACGUGAGCGGUUCGAGUUAAAACAACGGUUGGCUGAAACCUGUUUCAAAUUGCAGCGCGCAGAAGCUCUGGCACAAGACACUGAGUACCGCCUAUCGCAGGUUGAGCUUGAACAAAAAAGAGCAUUGAGGGAUUCUGAGCAACUUGCUGUCGAUUCUGCUGCCCGAAAGGCCAUUUCAGAAUUUACCACCUCCCCAUUCCUACAAUCUCCACCCAACAAUGACGGUUUUGAAGUACCGGGAAAUUUAGAGAACUCAUCCCAUUUGACCCGGACGAAUUUUGUGGACAAUCCAACUUGCAAGCAAACAGGGAACGAUGUUCAAACUUUUCGACCUAUCGACCCCAUUAAUUGCGAAAAACAGACGCGAAAAGUUACUUUUGCUCCUUCCCCCUUCGUGGAUUCUGAUAAAGUCACUCGGUCAACCUCAAUUGCAGCUUCCCAACUUGAAGCACUUAUUCGCGAAGUCACGGACAGUCUGGACAGAGAAAUUGGACCAACGUGACUUCGUUGUGUUGACAGUAUAAAUAUCCCAUGUCUCCUGUUCAAACACCUGCUUUCCCAACCGGUGUACUGCUUCUGUGUACAGAUACGCACAGUGUGGUCUUUCCUGUGAUCUUUACUUAGUAACUCCAACUUUGUUUUUAU